AAAUUCUCAGUCCAUGCUCCAGGCCAAUGGGUGGCGGCAAAUGCACCAAAUACGUUAAGACAACCGAAGUAAAACAGAAGAAGAAGGAAGAAACGGUACCGUCGUUUAUCUGUGUGUUUUGGGUGAUGCCAAUGCUUCAUUUAACCAAAUGAGCGAAUAGAUGAGUUAAUAAAAAUGCGUUCGGAAUACAUGCAAUAGCUGCGUCUGCCCGCAUAACUUUGUGCAGUAGCCCACGGUAAUAGCACGCUAAAUUGUACAGCUAGCGGGUAUUUGUCGUGAACUCUGGGUAGCUAGGUGUGCUGCCUGUAAUAUUAGCGCGAUCAAAUUUUUUGUAGAAUUUAGGUGGGCAAUUUGUUCGUGAGGUAGUCGCUAAUACCGGAGAGUGUUUGAUUUUGCUACGUUAGCAAGAUGGCUUUUUCAUCAACAAGCUAGCAAGUAUCGUAGCUGUGUGCUAAAACUUGUUUUCGGUGGGCAAUGUGACCAACUGAAGAAGUAUAGCAUAUAUCGAGUUAGCAGUGUGUUAGCUAAUUGAACGGCAACAUGUACAAACAACCCGAAAUCAAUGCUCAUGAAAAUGGCGACAAGAUCAGUCCGAUAAGUGUAAUACUGGUGAGCUCAGGCAGCCGUGGUAAUAAGUUACUUUUCCGGUACCCGUUUCAACGAGUUCCUGAAACAACAUCUUCUCUAAUAAUGAAACAGCGAAGCCCGUAUGCACUGAACUCGGCUGGCGACGUUCCAGAGGACCAGGAUGGGGAUUCAAGAGAACAAACCCCAUUAACUGAUGAACAGUUGGUAGCAGGGUUCUCUGACAUCAUACUGGCCACCAUCCUGGCCACCAAGUCGGACAUGUGCGGGAAGAAGUUUGAGCUGAAGAUCGACAACGUGCGCUUCGUGGGGCACCCCACCCUGCUGCAGCACCCCCACACCAUCCAGGUAUCCAAAACUGACCCCUCGCCCAAGAGAGAGAUGCCCACCAUGAUCCUGUUCAGUGUUCUCUUCGCACUUAGGGCCAACGCGGACCCCUCGGUCAUCAGCUGCAUGCACAACCUCUCCCGCCGCAUCGCCAUCGCCCUGCAGCACGAGGAGCGCCGCUGCCAGUACCUGACCCGCGAGGCCAAGCUCAUGCUCGCCGCCCAGGACGAGGUCACCACCAUGACCGAGACCGACGGCAGCCCCCAGUCCCCCUUCCGGCAGAUUCUACCCAAGUGCAAACUGGCGCGGGACCUGAAGGAGGCCUAUGACAGUCUGUGCACUACAGGGGUGGUGCGUCUGCACAUAAAUAACUGGCUGGAGGUGAGCUUCUGCCUGCCCCAUAAGAUCCACCGCGUCGGGGGCCAGCACAUCCCCCCCAGGGCCCUGGAGUGCAGCCUGAAAGCCAUACGGCCGUACCACGCCCUGCUGCUGCUGGACAGUGAGAAGGCGCUCCUGGCCCAGCUGCCCUUGGACUGCUCCCCCGCCCUCGUGCGCCUGGUCAAGACCUGCUCGGCCGUCAAAAACCUGCAGCAGCUGGCCCAGGACGCCGACCUCGCCCUCCUGCAGGUGUUCCAGAUUGCGGCUCACCUGGUGUACUGGGGCAAGGCCAUCAUCGUGUAUCCGCUGUGCGAGAACAACGUCUACAUGCUGUCUCCUCACGCCAACAUCUGCCUCUACUCUCCCCUGGCGGAGCAGUUUGCACAGCAGUUUCCGGGACACGACCUGCCCUCCAUGUUGGCCAAAUUCUCCCUGCCUGUGUCCCUGUCCGAGUUCCGCAACCCCCUGGAGGCCCCCGUGCAGGAGGCGCAGCUGAUCCAGAUGGUGGUGUGGAUGCUGCAGCGCAGGCUGCUGAUCCAGCUGCACACCUACGUCUGCCUGCUGGUGCCGCCCAGCGAGGACGAGCCCGGCGCCCGGGACGACGAGCUCUCACUGGCCGCCCGCGUAGGGGGGCGGAGCCUCAGCACGCCCAGCGCCCUCAGCUUCGGCUCACCCACCAGCAGCGAUGACAUGACCCUGACCAGUCCCAGCAUGGAGAACUCGAGCGCGGAGCUGGUGCCGGGCGGGGACUCGCCGCUGAACAGGCGCAUGACCGAGACGCUGCUGGCCAGCCUGAGCGAGCACGAGAGGCACGUCAUCCUGAGCGUGCCCGCGGCGCAGAACCCCGAGGACCUGCGCAUGUUCGCCAGACUGCUGCACUACUUCCGGGGACACCACCACCUGGAGGAGAUCAUGUACAACGAGAACAUGCGCCGCUCGCAGCUCAAAACGCUCUUCGACAAGUUCCGCAGCGUCCUGGUCGUCACCAACCACGAGGACCCCGUCAUCUCCCUCUUCCAGUCCCCCCUGGACUGAGCUGGGGCUCUGAGGGCCCUCGGGACCCCGGGUCACCCCAGGGUGGAUAUGACCGGUGACGCGCCCGGUCCUCUGGCGCCAGGAGGUAGUGGCGAGUUCACUGGUUCAAAGCUGUCGCUGUAGCGCACGCCUCCCCCUCUGUGCUGUGAUCCCCCCCUUUACGGUGAGUUUCCCUCACUGUGAACUUCAGACCCGGAUGCUAGAAGAGACACCUGUCUGAAAUAUGGCAGAAAUAUAUGCACAGUUGGUGCAGUGAAGUUCUCCUUUUCUUUUUUCACCGCUGAAGGGUCUGUAGUGAUGAGGCCCGCAAACCUAGAGAAGGUUUUAUGGUUGGACCAAACCCAAGGAAUGCGCUUUGGUUGGCCUCAUUAGCUUUGGGCGCUAGCUGCAGAACAGUCUGGUGUCCGCUCCAUCGGGGGAUUAUUCUCUGUGAUCUUUUGCCUUUCAGAAAAACCACUGCAGGCUGGACUGUUUGAACCAGACUUAGCAGCUCUAGUGAAGAAAUGACAGACUGAGAAGCUGAGGGGUUUGUAGUUGGGGGGGGGGGGGGGGGUGUCUGAUGUACCCCCACCCAAAAUAAAAUGUUGAACAAUCUUCUGCAAUGCUGGUUUACAAAGGAAACAGAAUGCUGGUGUGUGUGGUAGACCUUGUUCAGGUGUGAUGAUGACCGUACAGUAUGUGAACUGAGGUUCAUUUUCACCACGACUUAUGACUGCGUUUAAUCAAAAUACAGACUUUGUUACCCAUAAGGAGCAGUGUGGGCCACCAGCGCAUUUACUUAAUGGCUUGUGCCCUGCUGCAUAUACCAAAGAAAGGGUUGUUUAUUCAUGUGUAUUUUCCCAUUUUUAUUUAUGUUUUACAGGGGAAAAGAACAAUGGGCCUCAUUCACAAAACUUUUCUUAAAUUAUUCUUAUUUUUGUUCUUGAAAAUGUUCAGAUGAAAAACCAAUAUGGGAUUCAUUUUGUCCAUAUCUUAGGUAUAUGAGAUGAUGAAUGCUGCCUCAAAAUAAAUUUUACGUGCAAUUCUGUUCGUGUGAUAAGGAAAUGCCGAAAUGUUCUUGGAAACGUUCUUAAACGCAAGUUUACGAUCAAAUGAGAUCGUACUCAUGUUUCGUGAAUGAAGCCCAAUCCUUUGUACAGCUCUUGGAAAUGUGAUCUUUACUGUUGUUGCACUUUGUUCAGCAAAGUGCAACAACAUUUUAGAUUACUAGUCACAGUCUGUUUGGGAAAGGUGGCUAAACAGCACCGCAGGACAGGAAAAGAAAUGAUUUCAGUUUGGCAAACGGGAGACGAUUUGGCAUAAACCGUGGAGCAAAUGUUAGCAUACAACAGAACUGAAACGAGACCGUGGUUCAGAAUGGAUUAACAAUUUUAAAGAAUUAAAAGCUUUUUACUUCAUAAAAGUAAGAAAUA